AUGUUCUUCAGAAGCGCUACUCAGAUGCAUGCUUCGGCACCGGCAACAAUAAAUGAAUCGAUGGCCGGAAAGGUAGAGAACAUUCAUCAAGGCCCUCUCCGCGACUGGCUCGACCUUGAUAUGGACUUUGAGCUCGUGUCUGCUGAACGUCGACAGCAGCUUGAGGCACCAUUACCCAUCUCGAGAGAAGAUACAGCUCUUCGAAUCUUGCAAUUCGAUGAUGUUCGGAUGGAGGUAGUUGCUGAUGGGAAGGUUGACCUUUGCCAAGAUCGUCAGCCUUACACGACUAACCGUGUCGAGCAAGCGCGCAUUGGUCGCGACUUCCAAAGCUUCGACGUAGCUCCUGCUCCGCGACUGAUCAAGGCGCAUCGACGUCGACGCUCACAACAUCGUGGAUACAGCUCUCUUUAUCGACAACCCGACUACUAUACGCCCGGGUACGCAAGCCACUUCGACGGCGACGCCCAUCGUUCACGACGCAACCAUUACAGCCCUUCUCGACGCAGGGACGCUUCACUAGAGACACUCAAGAACAGGUCUGAAGCUACUGCUGUUGCAGCAAUGGCGGACUCUGAUGUAAAAGAAGAGCGCGAACAUGACAGGCGCGGUACAGACAGCUAUCGAGGAGGUGGUGGAGGAGGAGGAGGAGGAAACAAGCGCCGCCGUGACGACGACGAUGGCAACGCCUACCGCGACGAUCGCCGUGGUCCUCAGCGACGCCGAAGGGACGACCCUCCCCGUCGCCGCUAUGAAGAGCCGCCCUUCCCUAAGCUGCGACGCCUGCUAUUGAACAUCGCCAGUUCCACCAAAUUGCCGCAGGAUGAAGCCAUUGAGAUUGCGACAUACUUCGGCGAGCACUUUGACGACGAGCGCCUGCGCUCCGACGUCUUCGAUGUAUUUGUCCAGCUUAUCAUCGAGCAACCUUUCAAAAUCCCCUUUGUCGCCGCGGUCGCCUUCUACGGAAACGAUGUGAAGCCAGAGAUUACAACCGAAGCCAUGAAACGUGUCGGAGAUCGCGCACAGGAAGCGCUCAAUGCUGGCGAGUGGAAGGACUUCAAGCUGCUGCUGAGGUUCUUUGCGUGCUUGCAAUCGCUGUACCAAGAUGACGGCAUCUUCACCUUCUUGGGCCAGCUAUUUGACCAAGUUGUCGAUCUCCAGAGUGCAAACGAGAAUGACGUUGUGGGCAUCGAACUCGUCAAGAUCAUCCUUCUCACCAUCCCAUACGCUUUGGUUGCCGGUGGUAGCCGUUUCCACGACCAAGCACAGCAGUUGCUGAAGAACACUGGUAUCGUGGCUGACAACGCGCUACCUAUCGAAAGUGUCAUACAUUCGUAUGUGGGCGAGGACGGGGCGAAGCCAAUGGCCUAUCACAGCGUCAUUGGCCUCUUACAAGCACAGCUUACCACCCAGUCAGAGUCUGGGUUCCCACUUGCUUGUCUCCCACGUUUUGACCCUGAGGCGGUGCGCAAGGCCGCCAAAGAAGAAGAUGCCGAGACGCUACCCGCCGCUCCGACGACACACGCUUUUCCCAUGUUCAAUAUCCCCUCGCCUGUAAACCCUGGUCCCCGGCCCGUCUUCCCAGAAGCGUACUUUUCUUUGUUCGCAGACCAGGAAGCUAAUACGGUCCCAAGAACAACCGACAUUGCUUCCUCGCUCAUCCGUGACGCAAUUGUGGAUACGAUCAACCAGCUUGACUUCAAUCGCGAAAUGGUUGCCAAGUUCCUUGUCGAUGUCGAUUGCUAUUGGACUAUCGACGUGUUCGCCAAGCGGGGAACACCUCUCGACAAGUUCAAGGAGCAAGCAGAGGAUAAGCUCCAGUACAAGUCGGAAGAUAUGAUCAUUGACUCCAUCUUCUCGCAACUGUUCAAGCUGCCGUCUGCGGAACACAAGCUUGUGUACUAUCACUCUUUGAUCACACAGUGCUGCAAGGUCGCACCUGCUGCCAUCGCACCCUCUCUUGGACGUGCCAUCCGUACAAUCUACAAGAGCCUGCCAGUCUUGGACCUCGAGUUGGGAUACCGAUUCUUGGAUUGGUUCUCGCAUCACCUCAGUAACUUCGAGUUCCGAUGGAGAUGGACAGAGUGGCUCGAAGACCUCGAACUGUCGAAUCUGCACCCAAAGAAAGCGUUCAUUCUUGCUGCGCUCGACAAGGAGAUCCGGCUGUCCUUUGCGAAGCGUGUCAGGUCGACGCUGCCCGAGCCCAUGCACGCGCUGAUUCCCGAGCGUCUUGACGAGGACAACAGCCCAGACUUCAAGUACGACAACCAGCAAACUCCCUACGCAGCAGAGGGACAGGCUCUGCUGCAUCAACUCAGGAAGAAAGCACCAGCCGAGGAAGUGCAGGCGACCAUCAACAAGAUUCACGAGCAGGCCAUCGAACACGGCAUCACCGAAGUGCUUGUCCCAUCGACUGAUGCGUUUGUCACGGCCAUUUGCCGACUGGGAGCCAAGUCGUUGUCUCACGUUCUUUCGUGUAUCGAGCGAGGCAAGGAGCGGUUGCUGGAGAUAUCGCAAAACGAGGUCGCGCGCCGCCAGAUUGUCGCCAGUGUGGUCGAGUACUGGAAGGAUCAGCCUGGUGUGGCCGUCAGGAUCAUCGACAUCCUCCUCAACUAUACCAUCCUUGCCCCGAUGACGGUGGUUCAGUGGGUGUUUGGCAGCCACAUGGGCGCCGGCGAGGCUCUGACGGAGAGCUGGGUGCUGGAGAUGGUGUCCAACACAGUGGCCAAGGUCACGAACCGCAACCGCCAAAUUGCGUCUGCACGCAUCCAGAAGGGGCUGCCGACGGAGCAGAUUGAGAUGGUGGACGCCACGUUGGCCAAAGACCGUGACAACGCGCGCGAGCUCUUCAAGUACAUUGAGGAUUCGAUGCGCGGGGUGUCAGAGGGCUCUGCCGACACGUUGAUGGAGAAGAAGGCCAGCGGUGCGCUCUCCGAAGAGGAGGCACAGCUCAUCCAGGCGUGGGGCAAGCGCUGGCACCAGACGUUCCUCCGCAAGGCGCAGGUGGAGGAGUCUGUUGUUGGCGAGGAAGCCGUCGAGGCCAGGAUCAAGCUGCUGGCUGCGGAGCCGGACGUGGAGGCUGCAGACGGCGAGGCCACCAACGGUGAAGCGCAGAUGUCUCUUGCUUGA